CCCUGGCUGUGCGGCGCCCAAGAUGGCGGACGGCGGGGCCGCGGGGCCUGGCGGCGUUCCCAUGGCGACGGCGCUCUUCCGCUGCCCGCUCUGCCGCCGCAGCGCCUUCUCCGGCCGCCGCAGCCACCUCUACAGCGCCGGGCACCAGCGGCGGCUCCGGGCCGUGCUCGCCCGCCUGCGCCAGAAGGCGGAGGCGGCCCGGCAGGCGCUGCGGCAGGCGCGGGUGGCGCCCUACGACCCCGCCGAGCACGAGCAGCGCUUCUGGUGCGCCUGCUGCGGCCGGGAGGAGAGGCGCCACCUCAGCCACGGGGGCCUGGCCCUGCUGCACGCCGGCCUCGUCCAGCACCUCGCCAGCCCUGAGCACAGAAAAGCAGUCUAUACAUUCUGGUGGGAGAACAAAGCAGACUCCAGCCUGAAGGGCCAGUUCCUGAUUUCUUCCGAGGACUAUGAGCUCUUCAAGGUGUCUCUCACCAAAGCACUGGAUGCUUACGAAGCAAGCAAGGAUGAUGUCAUUCAGCAGGUGGCAGCUCAUAUCCGAGAGGUGGAACAGAGCCGACAAGAAAUGUUGCAGGCCAUCUUAGAGCCGCAGACAGAACUGUGCAAGGGAGUUGCAGACGUCGAGAUCUAUACAAGGACCCAGAGCGACUUCUCCUUUGCUGUGGAAGACAGUGCACAACCAGGCCCCAGUGGGAGUGCCACCUCUACCGGAGAACAGCUUGGACCUCCAUGUGGUACCAUGCUUGAACUAGAUUGGCAAGAAGCAAGCCAGGGCUUGACGUUUAUUGGCCACCAGGAAACACACGGGAAAGGAAAUGUGCAUACAGGAGCCAAACCCCCCUGGUUGCUGGAAGAGGAAGAAGAGAAAAACACAGGGCAAAUUGGACCUUCAUAUGAAGAAUUUCUCAAGGAAAAAGAGAAGCAGAAGCUGAAGAAGCUCCCACCUCAUCGGGUUGGGGCCAACUUUGAUCACACCUCUGAGACUGCAGAAGGCUGGCUUCCCUCCUUUGGGCGUGUCUGGAACCAUGGCAGGAGGUGGCAGUCCAGGCAUCAGUUCAAAGCUGAAGCAGGACAGAAAAAGCCCAAAAUGAAGAAAAGGCAUUUAGUGCCUAAGUGCUGAUGGACAGUUCAGCCCAUGCUGUUCUCCCUGCUAUGGAUUCUACACUUAUAUGUGUAUGUGUAUAUACACACACACAUAGUGUCUGUGCAAGAUGCUGUUUUUGUCUAUUUAUAUUAAAGCAAUUAAAACAUUACUGUAAA